GUCAGUCAGGCGCUGCCGCGUCCUGAGUCGUUUGAGUUGUUGUGCUUCUAUUGUGGAAGAAGCGUCUCUUUGGGAAAUAACGCGUGUGUUGACCCGAGGAAUCGCUACGCUGUAUCGUUUUCAAAAGAUAAUGGAAUUGUAGUCUCUUGUCUGGCGAGAGCAUCAGUGGGAUCCCACCUGGCUUUGUUAAGCUUACAUGCCUGUUAAAUGACCAUAUCUCCUGCUUGCCCGCCUGUGGAGUGAGCAGUUGUCCUUGACAGUGAAGCUGAGAUAAAGAGAUUCUCCUCCUAUGGAUUACAGACCAAUAGGUCUGAACACCCUGGCUUGGGUCAGUCAUUAUUCACAGCCUUCCUCCUACACUGUCAAGCCCCUUCGCUGUUCCGUAAAAUGCUGGAGUUGGAAUUUCUGGUCAGGAUGAAUUAUCGUUAGAUAUGAAUGUCCCAAACCUUAGGACAAGAAAUAAAGCUGACGAGGCCGUUGAAGCUUGAGAAUCAAAGCACCUCAUUUUAGAGAUGCAGACAGAUGAUUUAUUUGCCAAAAAGCUUCAAGCCUUGAAUGGGAAUAUGGGACCUCCCAACACACAAGGCACACCAGCAGUGCCCAAGAUGGGCAUCCGAGCAAGAGUGUCCGAUUGGCCGCAGAAGAAGGAUGGCAACCCUGGUCCACCUCCCCGAUUUGACAGUCUAAUGACAAACUUCCCGAAUGGAAUGCCAAUCCAAUCCCCAGAGGAGGUUGUCAAACAGAGCCCGGGUUCUCCUCCUAACUCCAGCUUUCUGGAGGCAAAAUAUGGGCUUGGGGACAUGCUGAGCCAAUCCCAAGGUAAAGUGCACCAUCCUCUGCAGAAACGGAGCAAUAGUGAUGUCACCAUUAGCGACGUUGGGGCGGAGGACAUGGAUCAGAGGGCAGUCAACCCCAAUACAGGUGCCUCUCUGCACCGCGAGUACGGAAGCACAUCCUCCAUUAAUCGCCAGGGUUUCCCUGAAGAAGGGUUUUUUCCGAAAGGAUUCCCUACAGAACUCUCUGAGCAACCUAGUGCACCGCCGCCACAAAGCCUUCGGUUUGAUACCGCAGUCUCUCCCAGUCUCCAAACUGCAGCACAGAUUGCAAGGGGGGAUAUACUCUGCAUUCCCAACUACUCAGACUAUGUGGACAGUUCCCUCUUCUAUAGUCGCGAAAGGGAAAAGUCUUUCUUACAGCGGCCAAAGACGGAAAAGGCCGAGACGUCAAUCUUCCGCAGGCUGAAGACCAUCAAGAGUGACCAGCGGCAACUAGCAGAUCAUGACGAUUGUAGCAGACACGGUCGUCCGUUGAGUUUCCAGAGAUGUUUUGCCCACUACGAUGUCCAGAGUGUGCUGUUCAACAUUAGCGAGGCUGUUACUAAUCGUGCCAACAUUGCAGGUCGGAAGAAUAUAACAACGGGAGCUUCUGCAGCAUCACUGCACCAGGCCAGUGGGGCAUUGGACAGUUCUGACCCUUUGUCUCUUUGCGAGUCCCCUUUAGAUGUUUUAGAGGAACUCGGACAAUAUCCUGGCACUGAUCCUGAUGAAGGAGACGGGAAGAGUAAUGGUUUAGUGUUAAGCUGCCCGUAUUUCCGUAACGAGAUCGGUGGUGAAGGAGAGAGGAAACUGGGUACUACUAAAUUAAACAAUAUUGCUUACAACAAUGCAGGUGAAACUUAUUCCAUUGAGUCUACUUUGAGUUCACACUGCACCAAUGCAGGGGUUUCUGUCUUGGAAUUGCACCGUGAAAAUUACGCCUCUCGCGAGAACUACGCUGUUCCACGGGAUUGCUUGAAACGCUACAUCAUUGAACACAUCGACAUGGGCGCAUACUACUACCACAAAUUCUUCUUCAGUAAAGAGCACCAAAACUACUUUGGUGUUGAUGAAAACUUGGGGCCGGUGGCAGUGAGCAUCCGGAGAGAGAAACUGGAGGAGGGAAAGGAUGGACCACAGUAUAAUUAUAGAGUCAUCUUCAGAACCAGCGAGCUCACCACCUUAAGAGGGUCAAUCCUGGAGGAUGCCGUCCCCUCAACAGCAAAACACGGGACAUCCCGCGGUCUCCCUGUCAAAGAGGUCCUGGAGUAUGUGGUUCCUGAGUUGAACAUUCAAUGUCUCAGACUGGCCAUCAGCACCCCCAAAGUCCCAGAACAGCUGCUGAAACUGGAUCAACAGGGGCUGAGCUACCAGCACAAGGUGGGCAUCCUGUACUGCCAGGCAGGCCAGAGCACAGAGGAAGAGAUGUAUAACAAUGAAAGCGGUAGUCCCGCACUGGAUGAGUUUCUCGACCUGAUGGGUCAGAAGGUCCGACUGAAGGGCUUUAAUAAGUUCAGGGCACAGCUGGACAACAAAACGGACUCCACUGGCACACAUUCUCUUUACACCACCUAUAAAGACUUUGAGCUGAUGUUUCAUGUCUCUACAAUGCUACCCUACACGCCCAACAACAGACAGCAACUAAUGAGGAAGAGGCAUAUUGGGAAUGACAUUGUCACCAUAAUUUUCCAAGAACCUGGGGCUCUUCCCUUCACACCCCAAAACAUACGGUCUCACUUUCAGCACAUCUUCAUCAUCGUCAAAGUCCACAACCCCUGCACAGAGCAUGUGUGCUACAGUGUUGCAGUUGCCAGAUCCAAAGAUGUGCCUGCGUUUGGUCCUUCCAUCCCCAAAGGAGUAAUGUUCCCGAAGUCUGCCGUCUUUCGGGACUUCCUUUUGGCUAAGGUUAUCAACGGAGAAAACUCGGCGCACAAGUCCGAGAAGUUCCGUGCCAUGGCGACGCGUACCCGCCAGGAAUAUCUUAAGGACCUGGCCGAGAACUUUACCGGCGCCACGCCAGUGGACGCCUCGGGAGCAAAGUUCAGCUUCAUCACCAUCGGCGCCAAAAAGAAAGAACGCAGCCGGCCGAGGAUCAACGCUCAUCUGAACAGCACGGGUGCCAUCACGUGGUCGGUGGUUGCCCGGGACAACAGCCAGUCCACCGAUAUCGGUUGUUUACUGGCUGUCUCUCGAGAGUUUGUGGUGCUUAUCGAGGAAGCGUCCAAGGAAGUGGUGUUCAACUGUUAUUGCAGGGACGUGAUUGGCUGGAGCUCUUCUUCCAUGGCGGGCAGAGUGAAGCUGUUUUACGAGCGUGGCGAAUGCGUGGUGUUUUCCGUGCAGGACGGAUGCCCAGAGGAAGUUCGAGAGGUCACGCAGCGAUUAGAGAUGGUCACAAGAGGCUGCGAGACAAUAGAGAUGACCCUGCGCAGAAACGCCCUGGGUCAGCUGGGUUUCCAUGUGAACUUUGAGGGCGUCGUUGCGGACGUGGAGCCUUUUGGGUUCGCCUGGCAGGCGGGACUUCGCCCAGGUUGCCGAUUAGUGGAGAUCUGCAGAGUUGCUGUCGGGACACUGUCUCAUGAACAGAUGAUCGACCUUCUGCGAACCUCCACCCCUGUCACAGUGGUGGUCUUACAAGCACAUGAGGAUGGCACCCCUAGGAGAGGUGCUUCAGAGAUGUAUCGGGUCCCCAUCAUGGAGUACAAGACGCUUGGUACUGGGCCCGGUUGGCAUCGGAUGACUCAUGUUCCCCAGGCACUGCCGCUUUCUCGUGUUUCUCCCACUCAGGGUCCAGAUCGACCCUCCCCGAGCCAACAGAUGUUCCACUACGCCCAGGCUGCCAUCUCCCGCAGCACCUCUUUCGAUAAGAAGUACCAGGAUGGCUCCAGGGUAUUGCAGGACUUCGAGAUGGUUCAGAGUCCGUCUGGAAAUCCUGGCCAGCAUUACUGCAGCUCUCCCAGUAACCAGUCGACCUCCAGUGACCCGGGGCCCUGCGGCACAUGGGCCCAGAAAGCCAGUUAUGAUGGAUCACAGUCACCCGCUCUUCAAGACCAGCCAGAAGAUAAGGAAGACCGAGAACCCAAGCUGGAGAGAGCACGGUCUGCUGGGUCGCCUUGUGUUCCAGAGGCAAAGUGGCACAUCCCGUCCACCAAGAUCCUAAACAAAGGUCUGUCGAGACAAGGUGCGAAAGACUCACCUGGUAAAAUCCACAGAACCCGUGAGAAGAGCUGUCACAGUCAUUGUUCCAGUCACUCCAGUAACAACACCCUCUCCAGCAACGCUUCCAGCGGCAGCGACGACAAACAUUUCGGCUCUGGAGACCCAAUGGAUCCUGAGUCUCUGGGUCUUACCUACAUAAAAGGAGCGUCUACGGAUAGUGGGAUAGAUACGGCGCCCUGCAUGCCCCCUCCUGCACCUCCCUUGCCGCUGAGUGGGGUGGGACCAUCACGGAUGGUCAUGAGGGUUGACACGGGACUCCCAUGGACUCUGGAGUACCCAGAGGAGGGUGAGACGGAAGAGGAAAGGGCAAAGAUGUUUCUGUCUCAAGGGUACGUUCCUGCUACGCCCACCGGACACACCACCGACGGCAGCACAGGAGAUCUGAGUGAGAUAUCCUCGCUUUCUAGUGGUUCUCGUCAUUCUGGAAGCCCAUCUGAACGCUGUUCUAAGAACUCCGGCUCCAUUGACCCCUCAAAGAUCUACAUUAUCUCUCCCACUGACGCGACUCAAGGGGGAGGGCGGGAAAAACACUCGCACAGCUGUCAGUCACAAGGUGAAAAGUAUUUGGCUGGCUGGAAGAAAGGAGUCAACGACCACUUCCUGGAGGAGGAAGAGGGGCCAGCAAGACAAUUUAGGAGUCUGUAUUUGACAGAUCAGUCUCAGGUGGUUAAUAGUGCUGGUGAAAAGCUUCAGACACUCUCUAAGGAGGGUUUCCUCAGGAUGCUGCUACCUGACAGUCCCUCAGCACAGGCGGGUCACGGCAAGAUCCCGAAUGUCGGUCAGUCUCCACGGCGCUCCCUCUACCGGACCCUGUCUGACGAAAGCUUGUGCAGUAGCCACCGGAGGGCACUGUCAUUGGCCAGCUCCCGCAGCUCCAUGUUGGACCAAGCCAUGCCCAAUGACAUCCUUUUCACCAGCACACUGCCCUACCACAGCACCUUACCCCCUCGCAUGAGCGUGAAGCAUGCAGCUGGUCAACUCAAAAAUGAGCUCUGGUUCUCUGAUGGUUCACUGGCAGACAAGGCCAAGCUGGCGGACGCUGGACUAAUUCCUCUUCCUGACCCCACUUCUGGUCUCGACUGGUCACAUCUCUUGGAUGCUGCACGAGCAUUUGAAGAUCAGGCAGCAAGCUCUCUAAGCUCUCUAACUGAAGAAGAGCAGACCAAACAGGUUCUUGAGCUUUCAGAGGAGCUCAACAGAAGAGUUAGAUGUGCGAACGAUUCAGGGGAUGGUUCUCCAGCCCUUCUCACUGGUAAGGUGAACCAGCUGGAGCUCAUUCUCAGACAACUUCAGUAUGACUUGAGAAAGGAGCAACAAGACAAGGCUAUGCUCCAACAGCAGGUUCAACAUCUUAGACAGGACAACCUUCGACUGCACGAAGAGAGCCAGACGGCAGCAGCUCAGCUGAGACGAUUUACUGAACUCUUUCUAAACACCAUAGACAAGAAGUAGUUCAUUACUUCCCCUCUCCCGCUUAGCAACAACGUAACCCAAGGAUGUACUGUAAAGAAACCCUUUCAGUCUUUGAAUGUGAACGCGUGCCGAUGCUAACACACUAAAAGCCGAGUCACGCAAAUUGUUGGCGACGGAACGUAAGAAUGUGAAGGAGGUGGAAAUUCACAAAGGGUCGAGGGAUACUAACAUGUGAAAGUGAAUGUAAUAAGCCAAGAUUUCUUUCUAAAAUCUUAACAUCUUUAAGCUAACAUCGUAGCUUGAGUUCAGUUCUGGCUUUGUGGCUGUACGCCCCCCCACCUGUCCACCCGAAAUGUAGACCAGCCAGGUGCGACUUACCUUAGUGUCCAAAGCUCUCCGAGACUAAGUGUACUGUAUACCUGUUUUCAAAUGAGUUUUGUAAGUAAUCCAUUGUUGCAGAAAAUGUUGUUAUGUAGCAAUAAUUUUGCCGAUGAUGUAAUUAGCAUUGUUCGAUAAAAUUAGCACUGAGUGUGAUUCGGUUCAGACUUUUAUGUGAAAAAUAACAAAGCUUUCGUGUGCCUGUUAUUGUUGGUAAAUGGAUCGUCAUUUAGUUUAUUCAUUCAUUCACAUUACUGUCCAAGUACUCGCUUACAAAAUCCACACCCGCCGCUCCUAUCCGCUAGUCUGCUGGAAACAAGAAACGACGCAUGGGUGGACCAGAACAUGCAGACUAGCACCUGUAAACCACUUCAAAUCAAAGCCAAAAUUCUGCUUGUUGGUGUAAAGUACCUCAGAAAAGUGUCUUGUACUUUAGCCCUCUUAUUUAAGCUUAUUUAACCUAAGAUUGUUAUUUUAAUGAGAGUAUUUUUUUUUUCUUUUCUGCACUAAAAAGAGUAAUGGCUCCACGUGGCAGUACUUUGUAUACUUGUUUACCAUGUCAGCAGUACUGUGUAUAGCUUGGUUAAGAGACGACUGUAAACGAGAUAUGGUUUAUUUCUGGGACGUUCAAUUGUUUGGAUGCUGCUAGAGGACAGGAUGUUGUUUUUUAAUGGCCUUUUAAAGAUGUUUUUAUUUCUUUGUAAAUCUGUUUCGUUGAGGUUGGGAUGAAAAGCUUACCUUUGUAAAAUAAAGUUUAGGAUGUCAGUAA